UUCAAUCUCUUUUUCCCAAUAGAUUCGACAAAUUUACUCAAGGCAUAUCAGAGAAAUUUGGGAGCCUGGGGCAAAUUUUUAUUUCGGGAUUCUUAUUUUUUCCCAAAAUCCGGGGGGGGGGGUAAAAUAUUUUUCCUGACAUUAAAAAAAGGGUCAAAAAAUUUUUCCGGACAAACACCAGUUAAAUUAAGGUAGGUUCAAAAAAAAUUUUCCGCACAAAUUUCUGUUAAAACAUGGGUAAGACCAAUUUUUUCGGACCAAUAUCUGUAAAAUUUAGGUCUAGAAAUAUUUUUCUCACACUAUUAUUUAUAUCAAAAAAGUUCCAAAUUAUUUUUUCUUCUAAUUUUGAAAAUUUAAACUGGGGGCCAGGGGCAAAUUGCCCCCUAUUUUUACUUAUAAACAAGCAUCUACAUUAGUCGUUACUUUUUAUCUAGAAUGUACCGACCCGCAGCCUUUAGGUAUUGAAAAUGGACAAAUUCUUGACAGUCAACUAUAUGCUUCAGCAUUGACUGGAACUAACGAUGGAACUCACAUUGGUCGAUUAAAUAUGUUGAGUGGAGGUUAGUAACAGAUUGCGAAAUUUUCAUUAGUUUAAGCAUGCAACCUCUUUGACAACGCGAAUAUUACGUGUAUAACGGUUUAUACUGGAACUUGCAUUAAAAGAAUCAGCGAAGUUCUUUGUAAGCUAAAUGGGGUGGACCAUUAGAUAUCCUGGAAAAAUUGGUGGGGAAAUUUUUCCUGCAAGAAUUUUCCUUUUGAGUUCGAAGCUUUGUCGGAAUUUUUUUUUGGAGUAGAAGCUGUGUAAGAAUUUUUUUUUGAAAGGCUUUACCUACCUUUUUUUCUCUCUACUGAUAGAGAAAAAAAUGGCGGCAAUGUAGCCAAGCAACUAUAUUGGCACAAAAUUUCCCUAUUGAGCAAUCAUAUGAAAGUUUAAUAUAUUACAAAAAAUAUCUAUCAUAGUGACAUAGAAGGUGUCAGUUUCAUGGGUGUCAGGCAUAAAUACAAGAAAUACUUUCUUGUGUGAAAAUUAGUUAAUUCCAGAACAGUGAAAGUAUUUUUUCAUUCAAUCUCAUAUUUAAAAAAAAACUUCUGGUGCACCCCCCUAUUACAGUAUUAGUUUGUCCCCGAGCCAACGGCGCGGAGCGCCGUUCCGGGCGUUAGCCCGGGGCGAGGGUACUAAUUCCGACCGGCUAUUUACACCUGGAGAAAGGAAAGCAUUAGCGAAGUCUAAAGUUCAUCAAUGAUCGCGUGACUAUGGUUCAUGGGUGGACCUCCUCACUGAUCUAAAAAAUAUGGCUGUUUGCUAGGAGUAGGAUAAGCAAGAUUUCAAUUUUCAAGAGCAUGUAUUUGGAAAAUCACGUUUCACACAAUGAGCUUUGAAGCAAUUUUCGUUUGAAGAAAUGAGAAGAAUUGAUUUACAAUGGGAAUCGUGAAAUAUAGUGCAAGUUUGCUUUGAAUGUUUAAUGUUUAUGAAUUUUGUUGCUUUUAGGAAGCAUUCAUUUUAGCUGGGGGUGGGGUGGGGGGGCGGAGGAACUGAUGUCUAAUUCCAUGCUUAAUCUUGGAACCCCCGAGAGAAAAGUUGAUAAAAAAUUAUGACCCCCUAUUUUUUUACUGAAAAUUGGGGGGCUGAAAGCGAGGGCCGAAGGCCCGAGGAAAUUUUUGAAUCUAGAUUCUAGAGUCUCUGAAAUGCCAUUUCCUGGACUUUGGGGAAGAUUUGACAGAAUUCUGAUGGUCAGAAAACAGCGUUUUAGUAUGACGAAAUUUACAAUUUGGUAGUACUAAUUGGGCGAAGGCGUAUUUAAUUAACUAUAUAUUGGAUAACUAUGAUAAGUUGCAGGAAACUGUGGGUAAUAUCUUCAUUCUUUGCAGUUUGUCAUGGAUAAUGUAGCCGCUUAAAAUGAAUAAAGCUUAAAAUUGAUAAAGGUCUGCAUGAUUUUGAAAAAAGAAUGAUUAUUAGCAAAUUAUUAGGGGGGGAGGCUGCAGCCCCCCAGCCCCCUUCCCCCCUCGUUGCUACGGUCCUGCGUUUUCUUUCAUUCAUGUUUUCACACAAAAAUGGAUAAAAACGAGGUCAAUUAGCCUUUCUCACGAUGACGAAUAUCCGCCAUUUUUGGGUGGCAUCCAAUUCUCAUUAACCAAUGCAGACAAUUAAAACAAUGUGAAAAGCAAUUUUUCACAAUAAACUAACCAUUUACAAAGCAAACUAACCAUAAUUUGUCUAAAAAAUUAUAAAAAGUCGCUGUUAUGUGAACUUAUUUCGCAGACCUCGGCUGAAAUGCCACCCAAAAAUGGCGGCGUGAGAAAGGCUAAUUGACGAACGUCAUGGAAAUGUUUUCCUAUGGUACUUAAUUGUACUACAAUUAAGUAUCCAAUCAUAAGAAUUCAAGUACUCUUGGCCCAACACGAUCAGGUGCAUGCAUAAUAAAAAACGUGUUUGUGGUAAUAUUACAUUUGGGACACUAAUUCGUACUUCUACCCUUCAUCAGAAAUUGAAUAAAUUUUAUUCAGGAUCUGUUUUCUCCAAACAAGAUCCUGUUUUGAAUUUUUUCACAAAAAAUCUUACCGAGUCAACUGACUCGGUUCAAGUCGAUCGGUUGACUCAUAGCCGCGAUACGGGCCUGAUAUGCUCUACAUAAACUCAGUUUCAAUCUAUAAUGUUAUUGAUUUUAUAAAUGUUUUACAGCAUGUACACACUGUACGUACGUCAAGUAUAUGUAUCACAUAUUCUGCAUGUAAGGUUAUAAAUAUCUCAAAAUGAGCCAUAUUAGCUAUUUAAAAACUACCCGCGCUCAAUAACUUUCACUUGGAUUUCUCAUGAAGUUUCACGAAUCUUUUUUCUUUCCCCAAGUGCUUGCAGGAUUUUUUUUCUAAUACAACUUCUUGCAUGACUUUUUUAUCUGCCACCCCCCAGGAUAACUAAUGUUCCACCCCUAAGUUUGCAUGGUCAUGAUAAUAUAAUAUUUAACAAAUAUAAAACACUUUCUAAUCAACAUGAGUGGAAAUUUAUCAAUGAUAUUUUUUCGAGAAUCGAUCGAGAGCGCUUUCCAUUUUCAUACGUCCUUCCACUUUUGCUAAAUUUAAGCAUAUUUUAUAUUGUAUCUUGUGCGACACAUCCGAGGUUUUCAAACUUUCCAGUGGCAGUGAUUGUAUUUUUAAUUUUUUUUCUGUAAAUAUAAUUGUUAAUUUAAAUUACGGUACGUUGUAAAUAAUCCCGAAUUUUGAUUAGUUAAAGUUUUAACUUAGCAACAAUUAAGUUUGCCCAUAUAUAGUAACGUUAACUUUCAUCCAAUAAAUAUCAAGUUUGAAACAAUGAACAAAUGUUUAAUUUAUGCAUGCCGCACGGUCAAUUAGCUAUUUCCCAAUUGAGCAGAGGACUGGGUCUAGUCGCUUGUUUAGAGGGACAAAAAAUAAAGUUUGGUUUGAAUAUUUUGACACCAAUAUUUUGGUCAGAAUAUAUUCACGCCAAAAGUGUAGUUUGAAUAUUUUGACACCAAAAUUUGGCCUGAAUGUAUAUUCACGCCAUAGUUUGGUCUGAAUAAAUUAUAUUCAAACUAAAAGUGUAGUUUGAAUAUAUUCACGCCAAAGUUUGGUUUGAAUAUUUUGACGCCAAUAGUUUGGUCCGUAAUAUAUUCACGCCCAUAGUUUUGUUUGAAUAUAUUCAUGUGACGCCAAAAGUUUGGUCUGAAUCUAUUCACGCCAAAAGUUUGCUUUGAAUAUUUAACACCAAUAGUUUGGUCAGAAUUUAUUCACGGCAAAAGUGCAACUUCGUACCCAGGGCUUUUGUGCUUAUUGCUCGUCAGAAGCCCUGGGUACGUGGUUGCUAAAAAUGUAGUUUGAAUAUUUUGACACCAAUAGUUUGGUCAGAAUAUAUUCACGCCAAAAGUGAAUGUGGUUUGAAGAUUUUGACACCAUAGUUAGUCUGAAUAUAUUAGCGCCUACAGUUUGGUCUGAAUAUAUUCACGUCACAAGUUCGGCAUGAAUUUAUCCACGCCGAAAUUUGGUUUGAAUAUUUUCAUGCCAAAUUUUGGUUUGAAUAUUUAUUCACGCCAGUAGCUUGACUAAUUUGAAUAAUUCACGCCAACAAUUUGGAUAGACACAAUUUGGAUAGAAUGUAUUUGAAUAUUUUUUUAAUCCAACAGUUCGAUUUAAACAUUCAUGUUAGCAGUUUAGAGUUAACUUUUUUGGUUUGUAUAGCUGUGUGUUUCGCUAUAGUUAUAACGUUCUGUCAAUUGCUUCAUUUCUUUUAUCAAUUGAAAUUGUUUGACGCAUUAAGCCUGUCAUUUUUGUAGCUAGACCAAAUGUAAAAUUUAACUCGUUUUCAACAUAACAUGGUUUGUCUUUUUCUGUUUAGAAAUACUAUUCACUACCAGAUAAAUUCGAUAAAUUUAUUACGUUAAUUAUUAGAUAUGUUUUUUUGGCAACAUUUGCGCAUUACGAGUUUGGAGUUUAAGGGAUAUCAAGGAUUUUAAAAUUAUUUUUCUAAAAACCCUUAUAGAAAAUCCCUGUUUAUAACAUUUUCAAGGUUUGUACUCCUUUAUAAUUUUAAAAAAUCUUGGGUUUUUCAGGACUUUUUUUAUCCUUUUCCCAGGGGUUAUUCUGGGGCAUUUGAAAUUUAUACGAAACAAUUUCCCUAAGAAGUUGACAGGUUUUUGAGUGUUUAAUGCCGUACUUAAGAUUUUAAAUGACAUUUAAUUAAUGAUUUUCCCAUGUGUCCCAAGACAAAAACUCUUUUUAUUGCACCCUGUUUAGAAAACAUCAAACAAAGCUAAAGUGGCUCAGUUUUUCAGGGUUUUCCAGGGAUAAAUUUGAAAGUCCAGGGUUUUUCGAAUUCAGGACUAAAAUAAAGGUUUUCCAGGAUUUCCAGGGGAUGUACAAAUUCUGAUUUGGUGGUUAUAUUUGUCACACAUGCGUUUUCUAAUUUUUUCGUCGAAAUAUGCGUAGAUAACAAUAAAUUGUUAAUCCCAUGCAUUGCGCUUUGUUCUGUCCAAGUUGCUUUGAUUUAAGAACAACUUUUUGCAGUUUUGUUUUUUUAAUCAUUAGUCAUUUGUCAUGCGAAGUUGCCUUAAAAUUCCUGCAAUUUCUUUAGUUCCUGCAAUUCCUGGUCCUAUUGUUCCUGGGUCUCCAAACGCCCGUAAAUUUAACUAUAAUUGUAGGCCUAACUGCUGUGAGAUGUAGUCACUGCGUGUCUUCUGAUUGGCCAAUAGCUUACAGCUAAAUAUGAAAAUCACGCAAGCUAUACAGAUAACCGUGUCAUAUAUGCUAUUAUAUAAUAACCUUUAGAAUUCAUGCGAUUUUAUUGGUCGAGAGCCAAGCAUGAUCUAUUACAGGACAGACGCACAGAAUACGUGAUUAGUUUUUAAAAUGUCGAAAAUAUUUGAAAAUUCCACUGAAUUUAUACAAAUUGAAUGAAUUCAUGCAAUUAAAUCUAUAAACAUCAAUAAAUACUUUCGAUAAAUUUGCAAAAACGAUGUGACGAACUGAACUUUAACCUGAAUAGCUGAGUAAUAAACUGACUGGACUACACUAGUCUAAUGGUAACUAUCGUCGUCACUUUAGGUACACGGUUCACUGCGGGACCAGAUGGCGAAAUGUGGUUUGAGGUUGAUUUUAUCAAGUCGACAAAGAUCAUUGGGAUAAAAAUACAAGGGGCUGCAGGUGUAUUCGACGUUAUUCAAACUUUCACAGUGGCCUAUAGCAGCGAUAGAAAUAAUUUUAUGCACUACAAAGAAUAUGACCAAAUCAAGGUUAGAUGUAUUUUAUUUUAUUGAUAAAGGUAUAUAUAUAUUUAUAUAUUUUGACCCAGUCCUCGACUUGAACUCUAGUCCAGUCCUUAUAGUCGGAGUUGAAAUAUAUUAGAGUAAAAAAUAUAUAUGAAAGUAUAAACGAUGGUAUCAAAGAAGGACGCGAACUUUCGCCCAUUCGGGCUUCUUCAAAAUCAUACAUAUGCUGAUGAAUAAAUAAAUAUAUGAAUGACAAAUAGUCUCGUUAAAAUAUUUUAAAAAUUCAAGUUAGUUUUUAACACUGACGAAGCCCGAAUGGGCGAAACGUUUGUAAAAUAAAAACUUAUACAUUGAUCUGCCUGGAGUUCGCGUCCUUCUUUGUGAGCAUGUGACUCAUAAGUUACAGUCUCAUACCUAUGGAUUAAGUUCCACCGUCGAAAACAAAAAAUGGAAUUAGAAGUGUUAAAAGUUUGAUAGAAGAAAAUGCUAAUAUUGCUCAUAUACAAGAGGUUCAUGAGGGAAACUCGAAGUGAAUGAAGCGCGUUUUUCUGAGUAUUUUGAUGAAGAAUGCUGAAUGAUGAUGAAUGCUGAAGAGAAGAAACUUGUAUGAGGAAAGUAAAGCGAUAAAUACGAUACUAUAAUGGCUUUGAAUUUUAUUAUGCUAUAGUGUACUACUUUAUUAUCCAGGGCGAGGGGUUUAAAAAAUAAUUGUACUUCUCUCAACCAAUCAGAAUUCAGCAAUUUUUUCAUGUAAAUGACAAGCUGAUCAAUUUUUCAAAUCAAGAUCAGUAUAAGUAAUCGCAUGGGGCCGAGUAAAAUUAAGGUUUAAUUUCACGCUGUUUUCAAAGCUUCACAAAUUUAUUCGUAAGUUAAUUGUGAACUUGUCAAGUUCUUGAACCUCGUAUGUCUCCAUGUCUUCGCCGAUGUUCCUUAAUGCUGCCCAUUUCUUAAAUAGUGCAACCCAUAAAUUGUACUUUUUCUAGUAUUCGAGUUUUCGCUAGAAGUUUGUAAUUCUUCAAUAACAUUAUUAUCCGCAACGACAAAGCGAGAAGCUGUUGUUUUUAUUGCUAUUUAAAACAAUAAACUUCCCGCGCUUGCGUCUCAGCCAAUUAGGUACAAGUGAUGUUGCCCUGAAUUAAGAAAAACUGCCCUCAUCAUUAGCCAAUCAUAUUGAGCAAUUUUGUCCUCUAUAUGAUUACAAAUGAAAUGCAGCCUUGGUUUUCAGCUCAAUUCGCCAAUUGUUGCCAUGUUUGUGUUUAAUUAGUUUACACUAUUUCCCGCACAAAAUGGUGAGUCGAACAAAACACUACAUUAUGUGUUGUGACGUCACAUGCAAUGGCUGUAUAGGAAACAUAGUGUAGUUGGUCUUGAGAGAAGAGAAACGUCCUGAAGGUAAAAAUUGAAGGUAAAGAGGACAAAGAAACUACCAAAUAAGGAUGUUAGAAGAGAAAUGAAACUACAGAUCCGAAAUCUUAAGUCAUUGUGUGCGUGCGUUAUAUAGCUUCUGUCAUCAGGACAUCGGAGAGGUAGGAGUAUUACGAAGAAAACAAACUUUCCAAGGGCUUGUCUAUAACUUGAAAAUCUUUUCCAAGAAGUCUUGUCAGGAUCAUUUAAAGCUUUGUUUUCUAAAUAAAGGGACGAACAGAAAUAUACAAAUUAACUCUGGACAAACGGCUCCAGUUUAUAAUCAGACAAGGCCCAAUUAAUUAUAGUGAUAUCCAUGUAUACAUGAUAAACAUUAAAUAUUUUUUUAUUAAAUUUGCAGAUAUUUACAGGCAACACCGAAAUAGAUACGGUUGUGGAACAACGUCUAUCACGUAUUAUUUUUGCUCGGUUUUUGCGCAUCAUUCCUGACAUAUGGUUCGGCGAUGAUCCUGCAAUACGGAUAGAGAUUACUGGCUCGUAUUUAGGUGAGCAUUUUGAUUAUGAUAUCAUCAAUAUGCAAUGGAAUUGAUAGUACACUGUAUAUAAACAAGUGAAAAGAAUUUUAAGAUUCAAGAAUGCACGUACACGUAUUAUUGAAAGCAACGGUUCACUGUACGUUUUUAUAGGCCUAAUUAAACCCCAGUUUUUAUACCCUUUUGUUAUAAAAACCCCAGUUUUUAUACCCAUUCCGCAAUGACGAAUUAUAUGUACUGUAUAGUGAGAAACCUUUGAGCUAGAAUGGUUUUUCGUUUCGAGCUAUGCUUUUAGGGAAGCAAUGAUUUUAGGCUGACAAUUUUGAAGGAUAUACGAUUCGAUGAUCAGCAUCCCUCGAUCAGCAACAUGAACUGAAUUAUCAUUUUUUCAUUGACCAAACUGACACCAGGACAAACUGAUAUUUUUUUGCUUGCAAGCAAAUUUUUUACGUUCAAAAUUCGCACGUCUAAGGGCCUGUUCAUAUGGGCAAAAGUUAUCCCGGUUAACGGGAAAACUUUUCGACUAGCUAAAUAUUUUUGUUCUGUUCAUAAUAUGGAGAAACGUUAUCCCGCUUACCGGGUAAAGUUUCCGUCUGUGACGUAACAUUGAACAUCAAUUGAAUUGAAAAGUUGCUGACACGACAGAAAGUUAUCCCGCUAAGCGGGAAAGUUGUGUUCAUAUGGGAAAAACAUUAUCCCGGUCACCGAGAUCUCGCCUGUCAACAAGCGAGAUCUCGGUACACGGGAAAACCUUUUGUCUCAUAUGAACGCAGUGUAACUUUUCAUAUUAUUUUUCAUAUACCAAGGCGAGAUCUCGCUUGUAAACUUGUCGAAAAAAUUUCUAGCUAACCGGGAUAACGUUUGCCCAUAUCAACAGGCCCUAACUUUCGAUGUUUUUUGCCUGAUUCUUUUUUUUAAAUAAAAACAUGGAAAUGUACCUGUACAAAUUAAAAAUGAUGCACGCAUGCGCACGUUAUUGAUACCUGCACUGCGCCUGAACUUUAAAUUACUAUUAGCCCCCGCAAUUGACUACAUCUACAUGAUUAACUUUCUUUCGCCUACUGUAGAUACAGAUUGGUUUCAACCAUUUGCUCUGGGUAUUGAGGACAAUCUGAUCCUUGAUUCUCAAAUGGCUGUUUCAUCGUAUUACUCCACAUCUGGAGCGGGGAAUGCUAGAUUGAACUUAAAAACACUACGUGAAAAUGUAGACACGAAUACCACAGUUAUAGUCAGAUAUGGUGGUUGGAUAGCAGCAGAAGACGACAAUGAUCCUUGGUUUCAAGUUGAUUUCGUAGCGAAUGCAACAAUCAGUUCGAUAUUUACUCAAGGCUUGGAGAAUGGAACUUCCUGGAUCACCAAAUAUUCCAUUGCUUUUGGAUAUAAUAGAGACAGGUUGCAAAAUUACAGUAUAAAUGGACAAGUGAAGGUAAUGAUUAUUGUAGGUUUGUUAAAGCGUUUGAAUCCUAUAUCAAUAGAAUACACUAGGAUACUGGAGUGUAUAUAUCGGGCCAAAACAAUGUACGAGAUUUUAGGGAAUAUAGGAAAACUGUAGGGUUUUAUUAGGUAUUUUCGAAAUUUUUUUCGGGAUUUGUUUUGGGGGGUUUUGCAGAGAUUUUUAGAGAUCUAAUGGGGAUCUUUUAAGGGAUUUUCGCGGAAGAUGUGAAACCUCGUUUGAACUAUAAAUUGAAGCCAGAAAUUAUAUGACGGAUUUUAGAAACCUGUUUUAGCCCCCGUAAUGUUUAACUGUGCUUGAUGGCAGUACAUUGUUAAAAGUAUAGUGUGGUUAUUUGAACAAUUUUGGAAAAAUUGUACUGUUCAGUCGUAAUAUACACCAUAAUUACUCCUGGGUUUUUUUCAGUCUUGUACAGUUUGAAUGCGUUAAUGCUUUUGUAAGUAAUAUAUAACAAAUGAGCCCAGCUCUUUCCCACAUAUUUUGAAGUGUUUUAUACGCUGGUAAUAAACAGCUUUCGAGUUUGUUAUAUUACUUCUCAAACGGACUUGUACAAGAGAAUAUCAAGGCGAUGGUUGAAUUAAUUUAUCGGCGUUUAUUACCGUGGUAUCAAGACAAAGAUACGCUGCUCGUUUCCUUUGUGCCUUACUCAUGAAUUAUUUUAAAAUGAAUAUGAGAAUUUACUUGAAAAACACAUCAUUACCUAUUCCAGAUAUGCCACCAAAUUUCAUCGUCAAUAGUAUAUGAGCCCUUUAGCAGUUGUUAAUUUUAUGCAAAACUUAAUUUUUUUUGCAAUUUAGUGUCCAUUAUUUAUAAGUAAUCGUAUAAACAUAUUUUUACAACAGAUAUUUUCAGCGAACUAUAACCUCAGUUCAAUGGUAAAAAAUAAUGUUUACCCACACAUUAUGGCUCGUAUCCUUCGAAUCAUGCCAAAAGAAUGGAUUGGAUAUUGUGCUUUGAGGGUGGAAUUUUAUGGUCAAUACGAAGGUGAGAGACUGAGCACUAUUAUUAUAGUAUGUGUCAAUUAAGGUUCAUGAAAUUUGACUAUCUCUUGCAUGGUAACAGUUAUGCAUGAACUGUGAAUAGUAUGUUAUCGACCAUGUAGUGAAUAAUAAAAUCGUUCAGUUAUGGCGCAAACAUUAUAGAGCUUUGUCGUCAUUUUUGUUUCUUUGACACUUGAUAUAUAAUCGGCUUCCCCUAGGGAAAAUCAGCGGUCUAGGGUCCACAAAACGUGCUGUUUUUCUCGGUCCCAGUCAAUAAGUAUUAAUUGUUUUCUUGCAUGUUAAUUAUAGGCUGCAUUUAGUACGUUGCCGAUGGCACUCUUUUCAUGCCAUCAUUGCUACGAUAUAUUUAUCACCACAGCAGGCGAUUCACCGCAGCAACACACACAAUUUGUGAACUAAUAUUAUUUUAGUGAACUUACUCGAUUCUGAUUGGUUAAAAACCGUGCCGAUUAAACAUUAAUCGGCACAGUGUGCCGAUUAAAGAUUAUAUAUCGUCACAAAUACGAGCCCGCGUGCAUUAAACACAACUUGAAAAUUUGUAUUUUCUGAGCUCUUAUUUUGCAAUUAGCUCUUUAAGUAUAUGUGAAGAAUAAAUAAAGAUUUUUCACAGUUUUUUACAGGUAUAUGAAUUAAAAAUUAAUGUCAGAGAUUACUCUCAAAAUUGACAAAGGCGCAUGUGGCUGCAUGUGCUCCCUUGACUACAUUUUUAAAAUAUAAUGUUUCUUAUCAUUGAUUGCUUGUGUAAAAUAUUAUAAAAUGAUAUUAAUAGGAAAUUACACUAUACGUUCUCCAAGUAUUAAUGAAAAAUCACACCCGUGUUUGGCGAAAUAUUUAUAAUAUCGCUCGUGCUACCCACUCACGGUAUUUAUGAAUAUUUCGCCAAACACAUGCACGUGCGAUUUUUCAUUAAUACUUCUCGAACCGUGAAACUUUUUACGAAUAUUGCUUAUCUAAUCGAUACAAAUCAAGUACUCUUUGUUUUUCAACAAAUAUAUCUAAUCAAAAAUAUAAUUGGUAAGUCUUCCAUUUGAAGAAACUGUAGUUUCCAUUAGGUUUACAACAUGUAGGCCGUUUGCUGCCUCCCGAUAUCGUUCACUUUCAUUUCCCAUGUCUUGAAACUGAAAUAUUUUUACAGGAACUAACAUGCACUUUCGAACACGCUGAGUUCAAAUCCGAAAAGUUUCCGCUCCGCGUAGACCUGCAGUUUUCUCACAAACUGCAAUUUUAUCUCCACUAAUUUAACGACAACCUUUUUCAUUGUUCAACGACACGGAUCGAUGACGACACACGAUUAUAUCACUCAAAAGGACCUAUUGCUAUUAACCAUGCAGUCUUCCUUUUAACAAAAGACCGGUUUUGCUCGAAUCAUUUUGAAUUAUGUAAUAGUAUGCGUAAACUUACGAGGAAGUGGAGAAAUGUGUGCAUGAGCUGUUUAUUUGGUGAUUUCAACGUAUAUGAAAGCCCUCUUUCCAAUAAUACUCGCUAAUCGCACAGAAUAACACCAACUGAUAUAAUAGUUCAGAUGCAAUGAUAAGUUACCUCUUGAAUUACGUCUCAAAAACUGUGUUGGAAAUUUAAAUGCUGACCCAUUACAUCACAUUACCGUUUUAUAUCAGUGUAUAAAAUAUUUUGAUCGCACGUAAGGAAUUAUUUCUCAGCCCAUGCAGAGACAUAGCCAAAAGACUUAGCAUUAACGUACUUAACAGAAAUUGGUCCUUUUGAGUGACAUAAUCGUUUGUUGUCAUCGAUCCGUGUCGUUGAACAAUGAAAAAAGUUGUCGUGAAAUUAGUGAAGAUAAAAUAGCAGUUCGUGAGAAAACUGCAGGUCUACGGAGAGGGAACUUUUCGAAUUUGAACUCAGCGUGUUCGAAAGUGUUAAUUCCCGUAAAAAUAUUUCAGUUCCAAGACAGGCGUUUUCUAGGCACUUUUCGAGGUCACAGCAAACGGCCAAAUACAUGCAGCUUUGUGUCUCAAAUUUACUGUCGUUGUGUUUGAAUUACGUCAAAUGUACUUUUAAAAGAUUACGUAUACAUAUCCAAGUGAGCCGCUUUAAUGUUCUAUACUUUCUAAAUGCAGUUCUUUUCUUCUAGAGUGCACUGACCCGCAACCUCUUGGGCUUCAAAAUGGCAAUGUCUCAGAUAGCCAACUCUCAUCAUCAACUAAGUAUGAUUCCCUAAAUGGACCUCAUAACGCCAGAUUGAAUUUAACAGCAGUACCAGAUGUGCGGGCCGGAGGU